AUGAACGAAAUCCGUGCUGCGGCAAGUCCGAUCAAAAAAAUCAAUCGGCGAAGAGACACGAGCAGUCGAACGAUAUCGGAAUCGCCGCGUACGCCUAGAAUUCAAGGUGCGGAGGCACGUAAGAGAGGGCCAAUACAGCAGAAUAACAGUCAAAAUAGCCCAAAUCAAAUGGACACCCUGUCUGGGAGUGGAAUCACACCUAUGAAACGCGUGCCUAUCCUGGCGAACUUUGAGGAAUGGAUGAAGAUGGCAACAGACAAUAAGAUCAAUGCGGCGAAUUCUUGGAACUUUGCAUUAAUCGACUAUUUUCAUGACAUGAGUCUCCUGAAAGAAGGCGACGGGGUCAACUUCCAGAAAGCGAGUUGCACGCUGGAUGGCUGCGUAAAGAUCUAUACCAGCAGAGUCGACAGCGUGGCCACAGAGACAGGCAGAUUACUGAGUGGUUUGGCGGACGGUGGCAGUUCUGAAGGCAAAAGGAGAAACAAAGGCGAAGGAGCCGACGAUGAGGACGAAGAUGAGGAUGGUGAAGAUGGAGAGGACGGCGAAGAUGGUGAAGGAAAAAAGAAGUCGAAGAAGAAGCCUGCGAGAAGUCAUGAAGCUACACUUGCACCCAGUUUUGCUUCUUUUCAAGGAAAGAAGCUGGAACUAGAAUUUGCGGUCGACCCAUUGUUCAAAAAAGCAUCGGCGGACUUCGAUGAAGGAGGGGCUAAAGGUCUAUUAUUGAAUCACUUGUCAAUUGACUCCGACGGGCGCAUCGUGUUUGAUAGUAGCGACGACGCGGGGGAUGCAGCGCUGGCUGCUGAGAAGAACGACCAACAAGAACACAACGAAAACGAAAACGAAGCCAAAGAAACAUCAACGACGGAUGCAGCUGAGAUGGAAGCCGCCAAAACUGGAGAGGCUGUUAUCGAGAAUGAUCAAGACGAAGAAAUCGAUCUCGCUUCGCUGGCAGCCAAAUUCUUUCCCGACAUGGGAAUCCUGGAUUCUCAAGACAUCUGCCCUUCGAUGAAAUCUUUCACACUAGGUGACCCAUCCGGAGACCUCAGCAUUCCAUUCCUCAAAGCGCCCGAAGACUGGCGGGAUCAGAAGAAAGGAGCUGCGACGCCCCAACAACCCACGAUCAAUCCCAAUCUCAAUCUAUCUGAUCAAACCGGAGUUUUUCUCGAUGGUAGCAAUGCUUUGGGAUUUGAUGAUGACGACGACGAUGAUGGUGGCCUGCUUGGAGGCUUCGAUGUCGCUGACAAUGUCGGCUUCGGAGAAGGGGGCGAAGCUUGGGCUAAAGACGCGGCCAUUGAGGCCCAAACUCGAGCUCCUCGAGCAGAAGACGUUGACGACAAUUUGAUCGAGGGAAACAAUGCGGAUGGAUAUGCUGUGGCAUUGCAGCACAAGUAUCAAGAAGAUGCAGAGCAUGAGUCCAUCAUGGCAUACUUCGACAAGGCAUUCAAUUCUCGGGCGAAAGGCAAAAUGGCAUUUAUCACCCUGGAGAACUGGCGAAUGCAAAAAAUCCAGAAAGCUCAACAGGGUGAGUCAAGUGCACCAACCAGGCAAAGAAAAGAGAAAGAGCCUUUGGAGAUUGAUUUCCUGGGUCCGAUGUCCGACUCGUUGAAAGAGCUCCUUGAGGCGCCUGCAGUUCUCAAUUCACAGAUCAGCUUACCUAAAGCUCAAUGGAGGACAAAAGGGCGGAAUUUGCUGGACAAAGAUGAUGAAGUUGUUGAUCCAAGAAAAUUGAUGCGCUUAUGGACCAAGCCAAAGUGUCGAGUCGGCCGACGAAAAGGAGGAAUGGGCGUCAUUGACGAAGGCUUCGGAGCAAGAAAUCGGGCGGGCACAACAAGUAAUGGGGAAACAGAUGAAGACGAUGAUGAGGGAAGAAAAGGCGACUACGAUGCCAACUUCUUCGCGGAUGAUGACCCGAUGCCUUUCUUUGACGGACCAUUGCCCAUCGACGACGACGAUGACGAUGGCAUGGUUGACGGUGGCGACGACGGCGCUCAAGCGUUUAUGGACGCAAGAGAGAUGCUCAGUCCUCAGCCCGAGGGACAUCAGCUGCAAAAUCUUCUUGCGCCAAUAGAUGGCGAUGGAGAUGUUGAUGGAUCCCAACGACAGCCUCACGAUUCCCAGGAUCCGAGCGUGCCGCAGAACCAGCCUGAUCUGCUCCCUGGCAGUUUUGGCAGCCAGCUGGUAACACAGGCUGGGAAGAGACUCAGGCCUGAAUAUGUUAAUUACGCGCGCACCGCGAAGAAAGUUGAUGUCAGGCAGCUAAAGGAGAAUAUGUGGAAGGGCAUGAGCCAGAAGAUGAUUGCUGUGUUUGAUCAACCGCCACCGCCGCAAGGACAGACAACAGCACAGAAGGCGUCUGUAGACGAGGAUGUCGAGAUGAUGGACGUCGACGAUCAGCCUCAACCUCCGACGCCGCAAGAGUCAGAUAUGCCGCCAACACCAACAGGCAACGGCAACGGCAGCGGCGCGGGUGUCGAGGUCCUCAACUUCACAGACCUCAUACAGGACUUGAGAUCAGUGUAUCCCAAGCAGCAGAUGAAAGAUAUCAGUACUAGCUACUGCUUCAUUUGUCUUCUGCACUUGGCGAAUGAGAAGGGACUGGUGCUCGAGGGUGAGAGAGAAGGCGAGCGCGCCAUGCAGGAGAUUCGCGUCUCGAGGGAUAAAACUGUUGGUGAGGGCUAUGAGGGUGAAUGA